AUGAAGGAUAAGAAAAGCGAAGAAAAGCUUGAAAAAUAUGCGGGAAGUCAUGUAUGUGAGCGAUCUAAUGAACUUCCCAUUUUUGAUGACUGCAAAAGCAUUAUAGAAAAUCAAAUUGUUUCUGUUUCUUCUCAGUCAUUUCAUGUUCUAAACGACUUACCUAAAUUGUCGCUUCCAGCAUUAAUUCCUGUACAAAUCAACAUUAGAACAGUCAGGUUGCAUAGAAAUAUAUGUGGUGAUUUUGGCUUUAGUAUUCGUCGCACACAAAUUCCGGAUAAACUUGGAAAGCUGCAGGCUGUUACUUUUGUGGAGCCUGCUAAAUUUCGUGAUGGUCCUCCAAGACCGGAUGAUAUUUUGUAUGGACUACUUCCUGGUGAUCAGCUAUUACGAAUCAAUGGUACUUCAAUUGAAGUUUUUAGUCGAAACGAUUUAUCAGCUCUUUUGGAGCACUGUGGUCCAACUAUUGAAUUAACUGUGAAAGCCGCACCAGAAUUAGCAGAAUUAUGUGUACGUAAUGAAACUAAUCAUUCCGCUGUCAGCGAUUCACUCUUGCUUCCCACAACUCCAAAUUAUCAUGAUGAUAUGGGCACACCAGAAAAUGAGCGUUGCUGGUUAAUACAUAAGAAUGGUUUUACACUUGCUCGUUUAUUAGAAACAUUAUCAGAUGGAAGGAUGAAAAUACGAGUGAUGAAUUUAGAAAUGGAUGUUGAUGUAACAGAUAUUGAUAAAGCGAAUCCGUCUAGUCUAGAUCGUGCAAAAGAUCUCAUCAGUCUACGCUACAUUAACGAAACAAGCGUUUUGCACGUUUUGCGUCAACGAUAUGGAAGUAAUUUAUUUUAUACAUACAUUGGCCCGCGCAAUAUGAUAUAUUUGGCUCCAGAAGAUCCAAUGAUAACUAAAGCUGUGUCUUUCUUCAAAGGUUGUAGGCGCCAGCAAAUGCCGCCACACAUAUAUUCUGCUUCACAACAAGCUUACAGAGCAUUGCAAAUGUCGGGAAAAAAUCAGUCUAUAAUACUCUCAGGAGCAUCUGGUAGUGGAAAAACUAUGCUGAUGCAAAAUAUAUGUCGGUACUUUUGUGAAGUGGCUGGUUGGACCAAAGUAUUGUCAUAUAACGUUAUAUCUUCUGCACUUUUUGUUUUGGAAUCUUUUGGUAACUGCAGCACUAAAGCUAGCAAAAGUUCUACUAGAUUUUUGAUGAUGUUUUCGCUUUCGUUCGAUGCAGUUGCGUCAUUAAAGAAUGCUUUCGUGCAAACAUUUUUAUUAGAAAAAUUUCGUAUUAAUCGAUGUAUUGCUGAUGGAGAUGUGUUUCAUGUUAUACGCUAUUUCUUAGAAGGACCUGGAGCAGAUCUGAUGAGGCCGUUUCAGAAAUUUAAAUCAACAGAAAUUGCAUCCACUGAGUCGCAAAUGAAGUGGUCAAAAUUAAUGGAUUCGUUUACUGCAUUAGAUUUCACUGAUAAUGAAAAGAAUGCAAUUACAUCUACUCUAACUGCUAUUAUUCAUUUGAUUUGUGCUGAAGCGACACAAGGAGAUGCCAGUAGAUCACAAUUCAUACGCCUGCAGCAUGCCGCGGAAGCUGCUGCAUCUCUGGGGUUGGAAGUAGAGCAUCUUGCUUCUGUGGUUUUCCGUAACAGUCUUUUGCAGACCUCAUCCAACAAUCCAGUUAGUCGAAUUUCUUUGUCGACACGUAACCAAACUGGACAGGAAGCGUUAAAUCGAUUCAUUGCUUGUUUAUACAAGGAAUUAUUUGUUGCGGUCACUCGUCUAGUGAAUCGUCGUUUAGGAGGAGGUGGUUCGACUUCAUUAUCUACUAUUACUAUCAUCGAUUAUCCUGGAAAUGAUUUUGGAUCAUUCAUUCCGGAUGAAGUUCAUGUAAGAGGCCUUAACGAUUUCUUAUACAACUAUGUUAACGAACGAUUUGCGGAGCUUUAUUAUGACAUGUGUUUCAUUGAACCUCUCGAAAGACAAAAACGCGAACAAGUGGAAGCGCACAUUGAGCAAACUCAGAGUUCUCCGCAUGAAAUUUGUCGCUUAAUUGAUCAAAGACAACAACUGUCCAACUGUGUUGAUAUUGAAUUACGAAGUACUGAAAAACGGGGCUUAUUGUGUAUUUUGGAUGAGGAAGCUCUGUUUCCAGCAGCAACCGACGACUCUUUUUUCGAAAGAAUUUUUGUUCAUUUAGGAGACUCACAUUUGAUUCGUCGAGGCACCAGGCCACUGACUUUUGUAUUACGUCAUGGUCUUGGGAACAGUGCAGUUACAUAUAGCGUAGAAGGGUGGAUAAAAACAGCACAGUCAGGUUAUACCGACUCUUCGUUGGCUCAGUUACUAUGUUCUUCUAAUAAAUCUAUAAUUAGGAAUUUGUUUGUCCCUAUUAUUGACCCCUUGGCUGAUAAUACAAGUCUAAAAGUGCGGAAAGCAACACAGACCAUAAGAUUCGAUGCUGCUGGCAUACACAUGGUUUCUGGAUUUUUUGCGGAUUUUUGCUUUCACUUGGAUUAUAUCUUAUCUUGCGUUAGGAAAACAGCUGGCCUUCAUUUUGUUCACUGCAUUCGACCAUUAUCUGUAGUUGAUGUACAUAUGCAAUCAGAUGAACUUCUAAACGUUAAUUACGUUCGGAAUCAACUACGGUAUUUAUCUUUGGUAGAUUCAACUCGUGCUGUAAGCCAAGGGUAUCCAGAACAAAUACCUUAUAAGUAUUUUCGAUGUCGUUUCCAAUGUCUGCUCACGGAAAAGAAUAUAUGUCAUGAGUACAUAGAUGAUCGAACAGUUUCCGGCAAGAUAUUGAAGCAAUGUGGAGCAUUUCCACAUCGUUAUCGAUUAGGAUUAAGUCAGGUUCUUUUGCGAAGUGAUUUGUUGGAUGAGCUGGAAGAACGUCGGGAAUUGUGUUUGAAUGGACUGAUCGAGCACUUCCAGCAAGUUUGUCGCAAGUAUUUAGCUAUGAGAUGGUUAUCUAAACGGCGUGUACAAGAAAUAGCAAUACGCUGUAUACAAAGAAAUGGUCGUGCUUAUGCUAAAGUGCGUGAAUGGCUAUGGUGGCGUCUUUACAUCCGCGUAUUACCACUUCUAGUGGCAACAAGAAGUGAUCGGGAGAAUCGUGAGUUGGAACUAGAGCUAGAUGCGAAAGAAAAUAAAAUACAAGAAUUACGAACGGCAAAAAAUCGUUUAGAAGCACGUCUUGCUGAACUGGAACACUUGUUAGCAUUAGAACGUGGAAAUACGCAAGCUGUAAAUGAUGCUUUGGAAGGAGAAGUGGAACAUCGCCUUCAGACUGAAAAGCAAAUGUUGAUAAUGCAGCAACGUUUAAAUGAUUCUAGAGAUGACUCUCAUUUGUCUUCCUCCUGCUCAUCGCAUUCACGGCUUGAUGCGAAUGUUCACUUAGAUUCAAAGAUAAAGGAGUGGCAAAAAGAAAUCGCAGCAUUGAAAGAAAGUGAUUCAGUGCAACGUUUGAGAGCACAGAAAGCAAUUCAGCAAUUAAAAGAUGUAGAAAAUGAGCUGAAGGAUCUGAGAGCAAAAAAUUGCGCAUUAGAGGAAAAAUAUGCGAAUUUUGAUGUGGACUUAAAAGCUGCAAAAGAUUAUGGCGAAAAAGAAAAGCAGGGACGGACUAAAGCUGAGCAUGAGCGAGAAGAGGCUAUUUGUAAUAAUGAAAGACGUUUUGUAGAAUUGCAAAACUUGAAAGCUGAAAAUGGUGACUUGCGUCAGAGUGUUGCCAAACUUCGAAAAGAAUUGCAGGAAGUAAGCGAAAUUAAGGAGUGUUGGACAGGAAGUGAAUUAAAUACAUUGCGACAAGCAAAAAAUUCUUUGGAAUUGAAGUGCGCAGAACAAGAGGAGGAACUCGGUGAGUUGACAGCUAAAAUGAAGAAUUUGGAACAUACACUAACACGACUCGAAAUCACAGCAGAACGUAAUCGAGUAGAUCGAGCGCGAGAUUUAGAAGUGAAGGAUAAUGAAAUUGAUGAACUGAGGUCACAGUAUCAAAGAAGGAUACGAGCUUUCGAAGAGCAAGUCGCGGAAUUGCAAGAUACAAAUUCAUCUCUUGUUAAGCAGAAUCGUAUAUUGGAGGCACGUACGCGUGAUAUCGAUAAUUAUAGUAUCAGCUUGGAAACAUCAUCGGGUCAUUACAAACGUGAUCUGAAAAGAGCGCUGGCUCUCUUGCGAGAUACACAGAAGGCCUUAGCGCAUGAACGAGAGAAUUACAUGAGUCAGUCUGUACUUUCUCAAUUGCAAGAGCAAGUGAUGGACGCCGAAGCUGCAAAGUUAAGUGCACUUCGAGGGCGCCAUUCUUUGGAGAAUGAACUUUCAGAAAUCCGUGCCCAAUUAGAAGCAGCUUUGACGGCGAAAAAUUCCGCCGAAAAUAAAGCACUGAUACUUUUGAAAGAAAAAAGUAGUGCUUUGGCAUUGGUUGAAGAGCAAGAUGAGCAAGUACGAAUAUUGCUGAAAAAGUAUAAAGCAGCAGUACAACAAAGUGCAGUUGAUUCUAUAAAAAUAGCAGAUCAGUUGGAGCAGAUUGCCGAGUUACAGGAAGAUAGAGAGAAGUUAAGAGAACAACUCAAUGAUGUGUCAUCUUCUCUAGAAUAUCAUCAGCAACAUUCAGUUGAUAAACAUAAAUUGUUGUUAGCUGAACAGAAAAUACGUGAUUUGGAAUCAAAGUUGGAAUUAGAAAUCUGCCAGAAAGUUAGGAUUGAGGCUUUAAUGAUAAAAGCAAACGACGAGGUGGAAUCAUUAAAUGAUCAAAUUCUAGAAUUCAAAAGCUUGCAUGAGAAGGACCUUAAUAUUAAUCAAAAGCUACGCAAGGACGUCUCCAUGCUUCAAGAUCAGCUAGAAGAUUUGCGUAAAAAAGAAAUGGACCUUGUUCAUCAAUGUAGCCAAUCUGUAAUGAAAUAUGAAAAAAUGGAAAUGGAAAACCAUAACUUGGUGCGUGAUCUUCAGUGUGCUAAAAAACGCAUCGAUGACUUGCAGAACGCACUGAGUAGCACAUUAAGUGAUGUAGAAGAUGGUUCAGAAAAUGAGGAUCUUGUCUUAAUUCGGAAUGGAUCACUUACAGGGUUUGGUCAUGGGUUGGGACAUUUUGAGGUUUUGUAA